AGCUUCCCCUCCUCCCAACUCCUGGCAAACUGUGACCUCUUCCCCCAAGAGUUCUCUGUUGUUGUGACCCUAAAGUUAACUCGUGUUUCACCCAAGAAAAGUGAAUACAUCUUUUCUGUGAAUGAAGACGAGCUGGAUGGGGAGAGACAGGCGGAUAGGAACAAGAAACAAGGACGGAUCAUUCUGGCACUACGGUUCUUGAAAAACCACCUGCAUUUUCUGUACAAAGGUGAUGGAGGGUUCAUGGAGCGCCGGGUGUUUCGAGGCAUGCGGCUGGCUGAUAAUCAAUGGCAUACACUGGUUCUAGUUAUUAGAGACCACCAUGUCAGGCUCACAGUGGAUUGCAGACCACCACUGGAAGUGGUUUCCCUCAAGUCUUUCCCCACCGACCUCAACAUCCAGGGAUCAAGAUUCCACAUUGGCAGCCAGGGGAAGCAGAAAGGCCUGUUUUCAGGUCUGCUGAGACAGCUGGUUCUGGUGACGGGUUCUGAUGCCACCCGUCAGGUCUGCCCAUCUUCCAACCCCAGACUGACAGCACUGUCAAUACCGCCUGUUUUGUUAGACUUGCCCGUCACGCCGAGGGGGGCUGACAGCUACCUGCCGAAAUACGAAGCAGACGUUCGAGUAUCAGUGGGGUUUGAACGCCUGUGUGCCGAGUCGGUGCGAGGACAGUUGUGGUUCAACCCUGUUAGGAGGGGCCUCUACCUCUGUGACGGUGCGGUCUGGAUCCCCGUGCUGGAGGAACACAAGCGGCUGGACUAUGUCUUGGAACAACAGGUGCUCACCACCAGCUCAGAGACGUAUGAUGUGGAGGUGUUUCAAGUGCCAGGCAUGGGGCUGAUGGCUGCGAUGGCCCAUCGCUUCACUGGCUCUGGGUCUGCCGUGUACUUGUGGAGCCACAAAGGCUUCCAGCUCUACCAGAAUAUCAGCACCUAUGGAGCUCUGGCUUGGAGGCACUUCAGCAUGGGCAAGAAGAUGUUUCUAGUGGUGUCUAACUCCAGAGGAGGAGCAGAGGCGCAUGUUGAGGAUCAGUCAGAGGCAGAAGUCUCUGUGAUUUACAAAUGGAGCAAGAGGAGAAAGCGUUUUAUCCAAUACCAAGCCCUGCAGACACACUGUGCCAGGGACUGGGAGGCCUUCCACAUUAAUGGCAAUACCUAUCUCGCUGUGGCCAAUCACAGACAAGGGGAUAGUAAUCACACCAUAGACAGUGUGGUAUACAAGUGGAACAGGGGAGCAAAGUCUUUUGAGGUUCAUCAGACACUGCUGACCUCUGGGGCCUAUGACUGGGAGUUCUUCACUGUAGGACCGUACCACUUCCUCGUGGUUGCCAACGCUUUUGAUGGAGUGACCACUCAAGUAGACUCCGUCAUCUAUGUUUGGAUCAAUGGGAGCUUCCAAGUGUUUCAGACGAUCAAGACAUUCUGUGCCACAGACUGGGAGAUGUUCCGGAUUGGCAAUAGAGUUUUCUUGGCUGUUGCCAAUGGACACAGACUCCACAGCAAUGGCUCAAGUCGUUAUGCCAUCAACUCCACUAUCUACGAACUGGAUAUGAAUGGACAGUUGUUCGUUCGCUUCCAGGACAUCGUCACCUACAGUGCAGUCGACUGGGAGUUCUUCACCCUGGGGGAUGAGAAUUUUCUGGUUGUUGCCAACUCCUUUGAUGGAGAUUCAUACUCGCUCAACAGCGUUCUCUACAGGUGGCAGGGAUAUGAAGGCUUUGUUCCUGUUCAUUGGCUUCCAACUAUUGGGUGCAGUGACUGGGAGUUUUUCACAUCUGGAGACGAGUCUUAUCUGAUCUACUCUAGUGCCAAAGUGCCUCUGACCAAAGUGUUCAAGUUGAAAACUCACUAG